AUGCUUGAUGACAUUCAGGUCGGAUAUGCGAGUGCCCAGUUGAAGCUCGCCAAUGAAUCGAUCGAGCUGCCCACAGCUGUGUCUCUCUCGGCCAUCAGCUUCGGCAAAUCGGUCUACGUCUACCUCAACUUCGCCAUCGAUAUGCUGCUGUUGUUGCUUGUGUCAGAGGAGACUGUCCGCCAUAGAGGGUGGAAGAGCCUCUCAACUUUUGAUUGCACCAAGCGUAUGCACUCCUCUCCUAGGGAAGAUGACCUAGUGGAAGCAGUAGAACAAGGCACGGAUGACAAGGAUCUCAGAAGAUUUCGUCUGGCUGUCGCUGGGACUUUGGUACCGUACCAUGCCUUUUGCUUCUACAGCCAUCCAGUAGAUGCCUGUAUCGGGCCCAAUUAG